AUGAAGGAGAAGUCCGGGCAGAAGACUGCAAUAAUUGUAGGCGCCGGCGUUGGCGGAGUUGCAACAGCAGCCCGCCUCGCAAAGGCUGGCUUUAAAGUCACAGUCUUCGAGAAGAAUGAGUUUACAGGAGGACGAUGCUCUUUGAUACAUCAUGCUGGCUAUCGCUUCGACCAAGGCCCGUCCCUCCUCCUACUCCCCCAUCUCUUUCACGAAGCCUUUCACGACCUCGAUACCUCCCUCGAAGCCGAAGGUGUGGAGUUCAUGAAAUGUGAGCCCAACUACAAUCUCUGGUUCAGUGAUGGCGAGUCCUUCGAGCUCUCAACCGAUGUCUCCCGCAUGAAAGAUGAGGUCGAGAAGUGGGAAGGCAAAGAUGGCUUCGAGCGGUAUCUAGGCUUCCUACAGGAAGCCCAUCGGCAUUACGAGCUCAGCGUUACUCAUGUGCUCAAGAAAAAUUACACUUCACUCUUCUCUAUGGCCCGGCCGUCUUUCCUUCGCCACCUCCUCGCUCUACAUCCUUUCGAGAGCAUAUACUCGCGUGCCUCGAAAUACUUUUGGACAGAACGGCUCCGCCGUGUGUUCACAUUCGGAAGCAUGUACAUGGGCAUGUCUCCAUUCGAUGCUCCAGGCACGUACAGUCUCCUUCAAUACACUGAGCUCGCAGAAGGAAUAUGGUACCCGAAAGGCGGCUUCCACAGCGUCAUUGCAGCUCUUGUUCGCGUCGGUGAGCGCUACGGUGUCACAUACCGUCUCUCGACCUCCGUUUCCUCCAUCCAGCUCUCCCCAAAUUCCCGCCGCGCAACAGGCGUUGUUCUUGACAGUGGUGAGGUCAUCUCCGCUGAUAUUGUAAUCGUAAAUGCCGACCUCGUCUACGCCUACAACAACCUGCUCCCCCAAUCCUCAAAGGCAGCGUCACUGCAAAAACGGUCCGCAAGCUGCAGUUCCAUCUCAUUCUAUUGGGCCAUGAACCGUACUAUACCAGAGCUCACAACACACAACAUCUUUCUUGCAGACGACUACCGCGAGUCCUUCGACGACAUCUUUAAGAAGCAGCUGAUACCCUCACAGCCCUCCUUCUACGUCAACGUACCUUCAAGAAUCGACCCUGCCGCUGCACCAGAGGGAAAAGACGGAAUCGUGGUAUUAGUCCCUGUGGGCCAUCUGCUCGAUGAAAAAGAAGGCUCAGGUAUCAAAGUAGAAAGCAAGCAAGACUGGGAAGCCAUGGUGACCAAGGCGCGCGAGACCGUCUUUUCAACCAUCGAAGCCCGCACUGGUGCUCAAGAUCUCCAAGGAGCAUUGGUCAAGGAAAUCGUCAAUACGCCGCAGAGCUGGAAAGACGUCUUCAAUUUGGACAAAGGCGCUAUUCUAGGCCUGAGCCAUAGCUUUUUCAAUGUGCUAUCUUUUAGACCAUCGACCAAGCAUUCCUCGAUCGAUAGACUACAUUUUGUGGGUGCGUCAACGCAUCCUGGGACCGGGGUGCCAAUCGUGCUUGCUGGAAGCAAGAUUACGAGUGACCAGGUGCUGGAUGUGUUUGGGAUGGAGAAGCCUUGGGGUAGGAGUGUGAAGAAAAAGGCGAAGGUUAAGAAGAUCGAUAAGGUGCAUGCUUUGCCGAUGCUGUCGAACUUCCAUAUUGCGUGGCUAACGCUGGUGUUUGUAAUGGUAAUGGCGGCCCUUAGGUUUGAUGUUUUGGAGGGGUUGGGGGAGGGCGUCUGGAGAUAA